UUGAUUACGUUCCUCUUGACACCGGUCCCAGCAGCAGGCUGCCAGUCGCAGUUUCUCCACUUUGCUCGCACCAUCCAGGCGGGUAGCUAUGUGACAGAGUGGCCGCGGCUUUAUCCCGGACGACCCCCCGCGUCUUGGACUCCCCCGUCCGCUCAGGAUGGAUCAGAGGAGAGCUGAACAGGACCACAACACCGGCACCAACACGGUUUCGCUGUAUGGGGAAUUCACGGUCACUGGAAACCGCAAAGUCAGGUGUGCAGUGAGCUUGACCGAGAGGGACCUCAUCGUCCAAAGGCUCACCUCGGCACCUGUCGGGCGGAACAAGGUGGUGCUCAGCUUGAAGGACUGCGUCGGUUGCCGGGCGUACCGGGAGGAUGACAACGCGGACCCGGCAGCGUACCUGGCAGCAUACUUCUACCCGCUCAAACGGCGUUGGUUGAGUUCCGGGGUCUCGCGGCAGAGAGCGGAGCAGUGCUUUCGUAUCGCGGCGCUCCAGGACCCGCGCGCUAACCUGGAGGAGGCGGAGAAGUGGGCUCGCGCUGUCCGAGAACGCUCUGCACGGCAACAGUACCUAAGAGACGGGGCGUUGAUGAGCGAGUUGUCCCGUCCGAGCCGGAUGAUGCUGCUGGUGAACCCACAGAGCGGGAAAGGACAAGCGCUCACUCUCUACAACAACCACAUCCAGCGAAUGCUCAACGAGGCGGGAGUCACACACACUCUGGUCAUCACCGAGCGACAGAACCACGCACGAGAGCUGGUGAAGGAGGCCGACCUGUCGCAGUGGGACGCUUUAGUCAUCAUGUCCGGAGAUGGACUUCUGUUUGAGGUGAUAAAUGGUCUGCUGGAGAGACCAGACUGGGAGGAGGCCGUCCGGACCCCGCUGGGCAUCCUUCCUAGUGGAUCAGGCAACGCCUUGGCUGCAUCUAUACAUCACUACUCCGGAGCCUCAGCGGUGUACAGCGAGGAGCUCCUGGUCAGCUGUGGUUUCCUGCUCUGUCAACGACUAGUGGCGCGCAUGGACCUCGUCUCCAUCCACCUCUCCUCCAGCCCUCGUCUCUUCUCCUUCCUCUCGCUGGCCUGGGGCUUCGUGGCGGAUGUCGACAUCGAGAGCGAGAAGUACCGUUACGCCGGAGCCGCCAGGUUCACUGUUGGCACGCUGGUGAGGCUGGCUUCUCUCCGCGUCUACAAGGGCAAGCUGGCUUACCUGCCCGCCCCCGAGGACUACAGCGAGGAGGAGGCGUUAGGUAAUAACAUGACACUGCAUUGCAACAAUCAGGCUCGACCGUCCAGAGACUCUCCCUGCCAGAACACCUUCCACAACUCCUGCAACUCCAACAACUCCCUCAAAGUGAGGCGAACAGAGAGCACGCCUUCUCGAAGCGCCCCCAAAGCCCCCGCCGGCCCGCCGGACUCCCUGCUGCUGCCCCUGGACCAGCCGUUGCCCAGUGACUGGGUGGUGGUGCAGGAGGAAGAUUUUGUCCUCAUGCUGGCCAUGUACCAGUCCAACCUGGCGGAGGACCUGCUGGCAGCACCAGACGCCACUCCGGACGACGGCGUCAUCCAUCUUUUCUACGUCAGAGCGGGGAUAUCACGCACCGCGCUGCUGAAGCUGUUCCUCGCUAUGGAGAAGGGAGCACAUCUGGCUACUAACUGUCAACAUUUAGUGCACGCUAAGGUGCGGGCGCUCAGGCUGGAGCCAUCUUCACCCAAAGGGGUAAUAACAGUAGACGGAGAAGUGGUGGAGUACGGGCCGCUGCAGGCGGAGGUACACAGAGGGCUGGGCAGAUUAAUCACUGGAUGAACAAACAUCACCACCAUCUUACAUCUCUGCUGCUAAAGGCCCAAUAAACACAUUUGAGCAUUUUUAAAUCAGAAAUGUCGAGGUAGAGGAGCAAAGUAAUGUAAGACUCGUUCACUGUUAUCUUCAGCGUUAGCGUCAUCGGCACAUAAACCCGUGUUUCAGGGGGAAAUAUGCGAUAUUAGGACAUAAGUAUAAGUAUGGAGACCCAAAGUGUUCAAUAUUAAAGGAAUAGGUAAGAAAUGAUGACAUGAAUAAUAAUAUUAAUAAUUGCAGACAAGAUGCAUUAUAUAACCAUGACGUUGUAAAAUAACUUUUUAACAUUUUUCAAAUUGUUCUUUCAUCCCGCUUCUUUUCACAAUAAGAGCGUUUAUGACGGGUGUUUCAUAUUUCAAACUGUCUUUUUUUCUAUGUAUGUUUUUAUUUCACACAAAUGCAGAGUCACUUUCAGUCUGUUUGAGCGGACAGACAUUACAUAUGAUUGACACGUGAAUAAGAGACGAAGACUAUAUAUAUAUAUGAACGCUCCUGAAAUAAAAUAUUUUUUUAUGGUGUGCACAAAAUAAAAAUAGUUCCUUUUGAAAACUGUUCCCAGUGAACUCUGUUGAUCAUCCAGAGUAACUGGAAUAUUUUCUCCAGAAAAAGAAAACUAUUUUAAUCACAAACAAAAACCAUCGACCGCCUUAUUGGUAUCCAGCAGAAAUCUCACAGAUGGACAUUAAAACUGAAACUCUGCAUGACGAGCGAGCACGAGAGGAAGAGAGCAUAAUGUGUUGCUGAACUGACUCUUUAAUCCAUCAACACUGUUCUUUUGGUGCCGAUUUAUCCCGUUCAUGUGAAUAACUAGCUACAUUAUACUUUACUGGCAGUGAGUUAAGAAAUCAUUAACUGAAGUAGAAAGAGACGGGGAGGGAAAGUGCUAAAUUACAGCUCCGAACUCAUAAAGAAUACCUCCUGGAACGUGCUGAUUGAUGCACCCCUCCAUCACAACACACUCUUCUUCUUUCUGCUUUCAUCCAUCCAUCCGCUGCUUUGAAUACUGCAGUCCAAGUGUCCAGCACACACACAAACACACGCACGCACACGCACACACACACACACACACACACACACAGGUUGUUCUGUAUGGGAGAUUUAUUAAUGAACAUCACCACGGUGUCCUUACCAUUGAGCUUUAAGUCACGUAGAGGAGAUGACUGGGGCUUCGGCCUGCACGAGCAGCAAAGUCACAUUUUUAAAUGUGUUUUUAAUUGUGAUCCAAAUCUCUUCAGAGGUUUGUUUCAUUCAUUUGACAAAAAUCAGAUGUGAAUGCAAAGAAAUCAGUUUUUCUCUGUCUGAGUCAAAGUGAAAUGAACUCAGAGGCCUUAAACAAGCAGGGGGGUUAAAAACAACACA